AGCCCGCGGAAGGCGGAAGUGUGUGUGUGUGUGUGUGUGUGCCAGGGCGGCUGCGAAGCCGCGCUGAGGUGUUCCUGGCUGGCACCCCGCGGCUCCUCCAGGUCUGGGCGUGGGGACACGGGGGUGGCCAAAGAGAGCCAGCGGGGGACGAAGCCAUGAGGCGGCCGCGGGGUCUGGCGGGGUCUGGAGGUUGACUACUCCCGUCGCCUUCCCGCGAGGCCGCCUCCUCCAGGCAGCCACCCGUCCCCCUCAGGGUCUCGCGCCCCACCGUCGUCCCGGCGCCUUGGACUGGGGCUCCCGGGCUCCCAGACCCCACGCUAUGACUGCGGCCGCCGCCUCCAACUGGGGGCUGAUCACGAACAUAGUGAACAGCAUAGUAGGUGUCAGUGUCCUCACCAUGCCCUUCUGCUUCAAACAGUGUGGCAUCGUCCUGGGGGCCCUGCUCUUGGUCUUCUGUUCUUGGAUGACGCACCAGUCGUGCAUGUUCCUGGUGAAAGCCGCCAGCCUGAGCAAGCGGAGGACCUACGCCGGCCUGGCGCUGCACGCCUACGGAAAAGCAGGGAAGAUGCUGGUGGAGACCAGCAUGAUUGGGCUGAUGCUGGGAACCUGCAUCGCCUUCUACGUUGUGAUUGGCGACUUGGGGUCCAACUUCUUUGCUCGGCUGUUUGGGUUUCAGGUCACCGGCACCUUCCGCAUGCUCCUGCUCUUCGCGGUGUCCCUGUGUAUCGUGCUCCCACUCAGCCUGCAGAGGAACAUGAUGGCCUCCAUCCAGUCCUUCAGCGCCAUGGCCCUCAUCUUCUACACCGUGUUCAUGUUCGUGAUCGUGCUCUCCUCCCUCAAGCACGGCCUCUUUGGUGGGCAGUGGCUGCGGCGAGUCAGCUACAUCCGCUGGGAGGGCGUCUUCCGCUGCAUCCCCAUCUUUGGCAUGUCCUUUGCCUGCCAGUCCCAGGUCCUGCCCACCUAUGACAGCCUGGAUGAGCCAUCAGUGAAAGCCAUGAGCUCCAUCUUCGCCUCCUCCCUCAACGUGGUCACCACCUUCUACGUCAUGGUGGGCUUCUUCGGCUACGUGAGCUUCACCGAGGCCACCGCAGGCAACGUGCUCAUGCAUUUCCCUUCCAACCUGGUGACCGAGAUGAUCCGUGUGGGCUUCAUGAUGUCCGUGGCCGUGGGCUUCCCCAUGAUGAUCCUGCCCUGCAGACAGGCCUUGAACACGCUGCUUUUCGAGCAGCAGCAAAAAGAUGGGACCUUUGCCGCCGGAGGCUACAUGCCACCCCUGCGGUUUAAAGCCCUCACCCUCUCGGUUGUGUUUGGAACCAUGGUCGGUGGAAUCAUGAUCCCAAAUGUGGAGACAAUCCUGGGCCUCACGGGCGCCACGAUGGGAAGCCUCAUCUGCUUCAUCUGCCCGGCGCUGAUCUACAAGAAGAUCCACAAGAACUCCCUCUCUUCCCAGGUGGUGCUCUGGGUCGGCCUGGGCAUCCUGGUGGUCAGCACACACACCACCCUGUCCGUGAGCCAGGAGGCCCCUGUGGACUUGGCAGAGGAAGCCCCAGGCAGCAGACUUGGCGAGGCUGAGGGCGCGAUGAAGGCAGAGGCAGCCCAGCUCCCAGGUACGCGGCUCCCAGGCCAGAAUCCAAUUGUGGACGUGGCCGAGGACAGCCGAGAUAAGCCGAAGCUGCCAAAUGAGAAAGAUGAGAUGGAGCAGGCCCAGAUUAAGGGCCCCGUGAAUGUGCCCCCAAGGGAAGACGCCAAGGAGAAGCAGGAGGAGGCACAGCUGGAUCGCCCUGGUCAAGGAGUUGCAGUACCUCUGGGCGAGGCCCACCGCCAUGAACCCCCAGUCCCUCACGACAAGGUGGUGGUGGACGAAGGUCAAGACCCAGAAGGACUGGAGAAGGAGCAUCCGUCCAAACGUGUGGAUGAAAGGGCUCUGGGGGGCAAGGGUCAGAUGGUGCCACCACUGCUGGACUCAGAACGAGAGAGACCCAGACAGGACCAGGCUUUGGAGGCAGUGGGUGGUCUUCCUAAAGAUCCCCAGAAGGUUCCAGAAGAAAAUGGUCAGCCAGCCGUUGAGCCCCUGAAGGAGGACCUGGGGCUGGGCAACAGGGGUGCGCAUCCAGGGCCCCAGGCAGUGCUCCCUGAGGGGCAGGACGUCCUGGUGGCAGGUGCAGGGGCCAGAGCAGACGGUGCCCUGCUGCCCGGCCAUGCCGUGGGGGCCAUGGGCAAGCUGGUGGAGAAGAACGAGCACGGUGGGAAGGCUCCCCUCUCGGAGGAGAAGCCAGGCCCGGGGGCAGUGCCGCAGGCAGAGCCUCGAGAGCAGAGGACCUUGGAGGGACAGGGCGGGGACCACGCCGGGGACCACGCGGGCAGCAAGCUGGAGGCUGAAAUCAGAAAGAUGGUGGCAGAAGCUGGCCGGGCGGAGAUGCUGGACCAUGCCGUUCUGUUGCAAGUGAUUAAGGAACAGCAGGUGCAGCAGAAGCGCCUCCUGGACCAGCAGGAGAAGCUGCUUGCAGUGAUCGAAGAGCAGCAUAAGGAGAUCCACCAGCAGAGGCAGGACGGCCAGGACGGCGAGGACGCGGACGUGCAGCCUGAGCUGGGGGUGGCCGGGCCCAGAGGUAAGGAGCAGGAGGCCCACGCCGUGGGGAUGGCAGAGCGUCCCCCACAACAGCCUUUGGGAGCUGUGCCCGGUGCUCCUGGGCGUCCCCCCGCUCCUCCCCAGGGGCACAGCCAACACUCUGUGGAGAAGCCCGAGGGGGCCUUGGGUAGAGCCCCGGCUGCGCCCCCUGGCGGCGCUGACCUGCAGCCCCGGGCAGCCCAGGCUGAGCCGAGGGAAGGCUGGCAGGGCGCUGUGCCCGAGGCUGUGGACGCUGGCGUGCAGGAGCGGGUCCCUGUGCUGGACCCCGCCAGGGCACCCGGGAUCCCAGAGCAGCACGGCGCUGGAGACGUCCCCCGGCAGAGUCGGAAUGUCUUUGGUGGAGGCUCCCACGAAAGGAAGAAGUCUGGAAAGGAGGAGGCAGCCACUGGCGCAGACGCUCAGGAGGCAGAUGUGCUGGGGGCGGGGGCAGCAGUUGGGGCCCCUCAGGUAAAGUUCCAGCAAGCAAGCCAAGACCGGGCACCCGGAGGCCUGUCCAGCAGGUCGGGGGGAGCAGCCCCUCGGGCCCAAGCCGUGUUACAUCAGCCGGAACAACGGGCUGUCUCUGCCGGAGGGCAGGGCGGGCAGCAGGGUGGUCAUGAGGAGGCGAGGAAGGAGCACGUGCCCGCUCCGAGGGAGGACGCCGCCAUCCAAGAGCCCGAGCAGAGGCCGGACCCUGAGCUCGGGCCCAAACCAGCCAUGCUGGGGGAUCAGAAGCCAGACAACGCCAAACCCAACCGGGACCUGAAAGUCCAGGCCGGCUCUGACCUUCGGAGGAGACGGCGGGACGUGGCUCCUCGUGCAGAGGCAGGGCCAGCCCCAAAGGACGGGGUCAUCAUCAGCUUCAACCCCCUGCCUGACGUGCAGGUCAAUGACCUCCGCAGCGCCCUGGAGACCCAGCUGCACCAGGCCGCGGGGGGCGCCCUGCGAGUGGUCCCAGGCCGACAGAUCAAACAGCUGCCCAGGGCCCUGGAGGAGCCCUGAGCCCCAUUAAGGCCAUAGUGCUCCCUGUCAGCCGGUGAACCUGGACCACGGUGGGCACGAAGUCCUGGAAGUCAGGCCCAGGGUGGAGUCUGACAGCUGUCCAGCUGCACCCUGCUUCCAAACCGGCUUUGCCGUCCCUCUCUCCUCUUACACUUCCCGGUGACUCGGCUCCCUGAGGCCACUGGGAGAAAAGGUGGCCUCAAGGAGAAAUAGCCACUCGCUGAGACCCAGGAAACGUGACCCACCACCGGCCACACGGGUAUUGUUACCCUGAACCUUCUUUAUUGAUGUUCUCUGUGUCGUACAAAACCUGAGGAAAUGCUUCUGCCUUUACCCUUCUUCACAGCAAAUGCUGCUUCAAGUCUCAGAGGCUGGGCAGGCCUGUGAGUCCAACUGCUUCUGCCCUGGAGCUCUGCUCUGCAUACUCUGGUCUCCCAAUCGAGUGGUUGUGAGAUUUAAAAAGUAACAACACACCACUGAUAUCUGGUUAGUGCGGUUGGUGCGGAGGUGAAUCACCCAGAGGACCCCAUACCACAGACAUAAGCCAUGACCGUCAAACCCCACAGUGACACGUGCUCGGAGCCUCAGCUGGGUGCCAGACCUGCAGGUGUGGGGGUGGGAGUACACAGCCGGCAGAGGCUGCUUCUCACUUCUUCCAGGGCAGCUUCUCCCGAGUCUGCACCCCUGGCACCUGCUCAUCUGUUGGGAGGGUUGUGGUGUUUCGUGCUGUACUUUGUUCUCAAGGGGCAGAAAGGCCGAUGGUCACCCCCGACCCCUGAGGCUGGUCAGCAGGUGACCCGGAAAGUAUGCCAGGCUGUCCCACUGCAAGCCCGGGGCCUUCACCUGCUUUGUGCUGUGUGUGCCUCGCUCCCCCUCUGGGGGUAGGGGCAGCUCCAGACCCUGCCCCCGAGGGGUCCAUGGGUGGGCCACUCGCUGACCACUGGCCAGGGGUGCCCAGGGCAUGUGGCAGCUCCAGCCUCGGCCCCAGGUCACUCUCUUCCCCUGCGCCUUUUGAAAUGGUUUUUAUUGUUUACUGUAAUUUCUGUGUCAUCUUGAAGACUAGAAAUGAGUAAUAAAAGGAGUGGAAUUUU